UGAAUAAAACUGUCACUCUGUUUUUGGGUGAAAGGGAAAUAUCCACUUCGCCUGCUUACAACAGAGAUAAUUCACACAGAACUGAUAAUUACCUGGAGGCAAGAUAAAUAAAUAAUGUGGAAUUAAAUUCCGACAGAAAAAAGGAAAUAGAUGAUACCAUGUAAAAUUGUAAAACUCCUCACACUUUUCAUUCUCACCGGUUUCAACAGAAAUGGAAUAAGCCGAAUUACAUCGAAACCCUCCUCCAGUGUGUUUACCUCAUCCAAGCUGAAAGCAUUCCCCACUCUACAGUCUUCCAAUCCACCAGCCAAACUUUCAGAGAAAAAUCAAAAUGAUCAAAGCAAAAAAUACAACAAAGAAAUCACUUACACAAUUACUGAAGAAUCGAAUGUUCCACAAUUGAUUGGUGAUUUAAUAAAUGACUUCAGUUUAAACAAGUAUCUGUUGCGCCAUGUUUUAAAUGAACCGCGUCAAUCCCCAAUGGAUACAAAUAAUAAUAAUAAACAAAAUAAUCAAUCUAAACAAAUGCUUAGCAUUGAUUUGAUCGCAAAUCAUUAUCAAUCAACACAGAUGACAGAUGCUGAUCUCCCACGCUUGCAUUUAUUCCCCUCGAAUCAAUGGAGUGCAGAAUAUUUCCAUAUAAAUUAUCAUAAUGUAUUUAAACAAGAAUUGAUACAAAUUAAAAAGUUGGAUCGGGAUCGUUUAUGUCAUUUGAAUGAUUUAAAUAAAACCGCAAAACAACCGAAACAACAACAGCUAAAACAAUAUGAUACAUGUAUGUGUUCAAGUGAUAUUUGUUCAAUGAUUUAUAGUGAAAAAUUGAAAUCAUCAUCAACGCCAUUAUUAACCCGUGAAACAUUGAACAGCAGAGGGAAAAUUGAAUCCGGUGAAUUAUCCUUAUUACUACCUUAUUGUCAAUUUAUUAUGACUUUAGCUAUAAAUCUGUUUCAUACUGGUAUGGAAAUAUUUACUAUAAGGAUAAAACUAUUAGAUUUAAAUGAUAAUUAUCCCAGUUUUAAACCUUUCACAAAAUAUGAAGUAAGCUUCACAGAAGAUGAUCGAAUUGGUGUGAGGCAUCAGUUGCCUCUUGCUACUGAUGUAGAUAUGUGCUUGCAUUCAGAGAUAACUUAUCGAUUAGAGGCAGGUGAAAGUUUCGCAGAAGAAGAAAAAGGUGUAUUCUCUGAAAAACCUGUUAAUUUAAGCAAUUUAUUUAGUUUAAAAUUAACUGAAACGUUGAAUACCAAAGUUUUAGAGAUUCAACUGGAGCAUACCCUUGAUCGUGAAAAAAGAGACAAAUAUGAUCUUUACUUGUUAGCUAUCGAUGAUAACAGUGAUCUGCAUAGACGAGAAGAGAACAGGCAUACAACUACCCUUCCAAUCAUUGUAUACAUUCAAGAUGUAAACGAUUGUAAGCCUGAAUUUCGUAUAAUGAAUGGAUCAGGCUAUACACCGGCUAAAUUGUCUGAACCUGUAUUGAUUGAAGUCGCGGAGAAUGCAGCAGUUGGAUAUAUUAUUACGCAAUUUCAAGCUACUGAUGAAGAUUUUGGGGAUAAUGGAAGAAUUCGUUAUGAAAUGGGACAGUAUACACAUUCAAUUACAAAAUCAGUAAGUUCAGAGUAG